GUAUGAUUUACAUUAGGUGUGUCUGGUUACCCUAAAGUUUGUAACAAUUGUUACAAAUUGUUACUGGAAGUCGUCUGUUAACCCAAAAGUUCUGCAAAAGAGAGCGGUUGGAGAGAGAAAUUUUGACAGUUCUUUCAGUGAGAGUUUGCAAAUUCUUGCUGGAAAAAUUUCUUCUUGCAAUCUCUUGCAACUCUUCUUCUUCUCAUACAUCGACAUUCAAUCAGAUGUUUUCUAUUGUUUGUUUAUUUAUUUUUGUGCUUUCAAUUUGAAAAUAAUUUUUUUUGGAAUUAGCAAGACUAAUUGUUUUUGGAGAAAAACUUUACAAAACGAGAAAAACGUAAGUAUUAAUAUGUAAUAGGAAAAUAAAAGACUAUUUCCAGCAUUUUUAGAAAAAUGACGGAAGAAGAUCAGUGUGUCUCUGUAGCCAGUGGCAGUAAAUUAUUAAGCCCAAAUAUGGAUUUGGAUAUGCAGAAAGAAACAAUUGUUAAGGUGGUUACUACAUUGUUGAUGGAAUCAUCCUCAUCUGAAAGUGAUGAUGAUGAUGAGGUAUUUUUUCAAGCAAUAUUGAUAAGAGAGGACAAACUUUUCCAUGAUGUUUUACAUAUUACGAAGAAAAACAAAAGAAAUGCGGUCAAAAAAUACAUUGAAUGUAUUGUGCCCACAUACACGGAGGAAGAAUUUAGAAGACAUUUCCGUGUAUCAAAAAGCCUAUGUCAAAGGUUAUCCAACUGGGACAUGUAUAAAAAAAUGCGUCCAGACAAGAAAUUCUCAGAAGAGACGAAUAUCCUGGUAUUUUUGUGGUUUGCCGGCCACGAGGCGUGCAGUUAUAGAGACAUUGCAGACCGAUUCGAUCUAUCUCUGUUUACGGUAGGUGCAAUUAUAUCAAGGCGAAAAAAUUAA